UGUAACCGAACAAAAAUGUCGGGAAUUGCUGCAGGACGCCUCGCGGAAGAAAGGAAACACUGGCGAAAGGAUCAUCCAUUCGGAUUCAUUGCCAAACCAGUCAAGAACGCCGACGGAACAUUGAACCUCUUCAAUUGGGAAUGUGCAAUCCCAGGGAGAAAGGAUACGAUUUGGGAAGGCGGAUUAUACAGAAUUCGGAUGCUCUUCAAGGACGAUUUCCCGUCAACGCCACCAAAGUGCAAGUUCGAGCCACCACUCUUCCAUCCAAAUGUGUACCCAUCAGGUACCGUGUGCUUAUCUCUUCUGGAUGAAAACAAGGAUUGGAAGCCGUCAAUCUCAAUCAAGCAACUUCUCAUUGGAAUUCAAGAUUUGCUGAACCAUCCAAAUAUUGAAGAUCCAGCUCAGGCUGAAGCCUAUCAGAUCUACUGUCAGAAUAGGGCUGAAUAUGAGAAGCGAGUGAAGAAGGAAGCUGUGAAGUAUGCUGCCGAACUCGUCCAGAAGCAAAUGCUCGAGUAGAUGCUUGCUUCGUGGUAGUCGUCUAUUCUAUUCUCCUUUUUCCUCCCAUCCUCAUUUCAUUUAGUUAACUAUUUCUGUAUGCGGCAACGAUUGUUGACACAACUCGAAAUUCGAGCACCGAAGCAACUUUUCUGAUAUCUUUUAUUUCAAUCUAACCAAAAGCUUUGUCGUGCCUGGUUUUUCAUUUCGUGGUUGAUGAAAUUCGAGAGCUAGAACAUUUCGAUGACUUUUUCCAAAUUUCGUGUGCACGCAAACCCAAUCAUUUUCCACUGGUCCAUGGGCUGAGUAGUCUUUAUUCUUUCAAAAGACUAUUCCUCAUCAUUCUUACUCAUUUUGAUCUUCAUCUUUCUUUUUAUCCCGUUCUGUUUUCCAUCUCUUUUCUCUUCCCCCCAAUUCUCUUAAAAUCAGGAGCACAAUUUAAUUGUUGACAAAUCCCGUGUAUUCCAAUUUUCUAAAUGGACUUGAUUAUAUUUUUUUUCCCUCAACUUAUUUGUAUUUUGCAACUCAACCAUGAACUGUUCAUGUCAG